UCAAAUACAUUCUGUAUUAGUUUAUAAAAACACCUGACUUCUCCAUAUUAAACUCACUUGUUAACGACAAACAAAGAGGACAGUUCCAAUAAUGGUGACGCAUUGAUUCAUUGACUUGUGAAGGGAGGAGGCAAGGGUCCAAGAAGACAAUCAAGCAGGGAAGCAAAACGUAUUUGUUGGUAAUCAGCAGUCUAGAGUGCUAGAGGGAGAGGAGACGUUUGUAUCAUUUUGCUCUCACGGAAGGAGGGAUUAUCAUUCAGUAAUUGCCAGAGAGGCUUGGCCGACUUUCAAUGAAGGUAUGCCAGACUGGAAAAGUGCACACAACUUUUGUUAAACUGUUGGAGGAAACGUUUCCAUUCCAAUUGCAGGAUAUACGCAGGUGGCGGAGAUGUGGUGAGAUCCUCGACGCAGGGUCCCGGGAUUUAAUAUUUCAGCAUUUAUUCAUUUUGGUCGCGGUAAGAAAGACGCUUGAAACCGACGGAAUGUAAUGUGAUUUUCCAGACUGAUAUGUCCGUGUUGGUAGAACUCCCUGCGAUGGGAGAUGGACUGCACGGCAUCCUUAUCAAAGAAUUAAUCGGACGACGUUUGAAAGAAAUUCGGUAGUAGAAUCUCUGACUCUUCACUUUAUUAGCAGAUACAUUGUUAGUGAUCACGUCAAGAUGCACUGGUCCACGUUGGCCUUCCUAAUCGCCGGAGUUGUUCUUCGGCCCUCAGAAGCUCAGGACGCCCUACCUGUCACAGUGCUGAACUGCUGCGAGGGGGACAUCGUCAUCGUCCUGGAUGCUUCAAGCAGUGUUGCCGCCUACGAGUUCACCCACAUGGUCCACUUCCUGUCCGAACUGUUCCGCCCGUUCAUGUUGGGGCGGGGCCACGUCCGGGUGGGGCUUCUGCAGGUGGGCACCGAGCCUCAGCUGGCGUUCGACCUGGACACCCACACCACCCAGGGCGGGCUGUACUGGGCGAUACGUAACACCCAGCAGCUCCAGGGGGACACCAACACGGCCGCUGCCCUGCGCCUGGCCCAGGGAACGCUGGGAGUCUCUCCGGGGGCUGAACGGAGGGAGGGGCCUCCCAAGGUGCUCCUCUGGCUGACGGAUGGGGUGGAGCCUGGGCCAAUGGACGAACCAAUGGCAGAGCUCCGGCAAGCAGGUGUGGCGGUUCUGGCUGUCUCCACGGGAUCGGGCAACUACCAGGUGUUCCGCCGCCUGGUGACUCCCCCUGUUGAAGAGCACUUGCACUUUGUGGACGUGGAUGAUUUUGGCAUCAUUACAGAAGACGUCCGAAAUGCCAUCAUUGAGAUCAUCCAAGCAGAGCGGCUUCAGGUGCGUGAUGUGACUUCCAGGAGUGCCGUCCUGCAAUGGAGACCAGUUCUGACCGCAGGGACUGGGACCUACAAGCUCUCCUAUGAGCCCUUAGUGGAUGGCCUAACCCCAGUAAGCCCCGGUACCAGCACCAGCACAAGCACCAUCUGGGGGCAGCGCGUCAGACAGACCCUGCCGGGGGACUACAGCACGGUGGAGCUGACCAGUCUGAGGCCAGGCACCAAGUACACGGUGUCACUCACACCCGAGUCCAAUCAACAGCUGCACAAGCCUCUCGGAGUGACCUUCACUACACUAUCAGAUGUUCCAAAGGUUCUUAGUCCAACCACAGUCUCUAUUUCUGAGGUGGGCCCAGACCAUUUACGUGUGAGCUGGGGCCCACAGCAGCCCAGUCGGGUUCGGCGGUACCAGGUGGAGUAUGCUGUCCUUCCUGUUGGAGAGGUCCAAACGGUUAUCUUCAGUGGUCACGAGAACUCCACCUUGCUGACUCGGCUUCAACCAAAUUCGAUCUACCUGGUCACGGUCAGUGCAUUGCACUUCACUGGACAGGAGAGAGCGAUGUCGGUCAAAGCCUGCACUCAGGAGGUUUUGCCCCCUCUGGAGGACCUCCAUCUCAAGCCUAUGGGUCAGGACUCCGCACGGGUGGAGUGGAGAGGUCGUGCUGAGAUAGUACAGGGUUACUGGGUGAGCUGGGAUGGGGCCAGACCUUCGCCAUCUCGCCAACCAUCUUCCUCCUCAUCCCUCUACCUGCCGUCCGACUCCGGGUCCACCGUCCUCACCAACCUGGCACCCAACAGCCGGGUGUGUGUGUCGCCUGUGUACAGGACAGCACGGGGCCAAGGCCUGUGCUGCACACACACACAUUCAGAAACUUGGCAGUAGAUAUCCUAUUCUUCGCAUUCACUUUCGAAACCAAGAGCAAAAACCAAGGCACGCUGCUGGAAAAUAAGGCAGGAUCAUCUCUACUCUGCAAAACCCAUCAAGUUUCAUUGUUGUUCCUUGUCUACAAUCAUGGCCUGUUAAUGCGCAAAUUGUUUAUGUUUAGAGUUUGAAUGAAAUUGCGCAGCUGAGGCCAUGGACCAUAGCAACUGUAGAUCAACAGAAACAAAAAUCAGGUCACCUUGAAGAGGCAGAAAAUGGAAGAUAGAGAGAGGCAAAAUGCUUUUAAAAGGGGCACAUUAGACAUUUUAAAUCUUUACAGCAGAAGAUGCUGCCUGACCCAUGUCUGCUGUAGAGUGGCCGAAAAAGUAAUGGAAGGCAUCUGGAGAGUGCUGUGUUACUGGGGAACCUGAGGAGGACACAACUGUUGUUGCUGAAAUUCUUGUUGCCCUGUCAUCUUCACUGUAACCUGCGAUAUACACACACAAUCACAAACUUACACACAUCUACACAGACACACACAGAUAAACAGAGCAGACACACAUGUUUACAAGAAGACAUAAAUUCACAGACAUGUACGUCUGCCCUUGACAACCAAAUAUUCAGUAAUUCAGUUAUACAACCUUUCUGCUGCAUGCCAUAUGCCAAAGGCGUACAUGUAUCAGGAUCAUCUUACUAAAAACUCAUGUAGGUAGUGGGGGCAGAUGGAUUGGUGUGGUAUAUACUGAGUGCCUGUGUGUGGACAGUGACACUCAGUGGUCAUUUUAUUGUAUUACACCUGACUGAAAGCAAACUGUAUUACUCGUCAAAGUAACCAUUUCAUAACAGUCCAGUUAAACCAAAUAUUUAGUGCAAGGAUGAAUGUUAUUAAUUAAUGUAUUAUAAAUUAAGCUGUAUAGCCUAUAUCUUAUCUGCUUUUGAGGUGUAAAAACUGAUGUUGAUUUAUAUGAUUUGUAUAAAGGACUAAAACAUUUGGUGCUAUUACUACAUUGGUGUGACUUUUAAAACAUGCUGUUGUUUAGUGGUUUCAGAAAAACUUGCAUAAUAUGUGUGGCCCAACAAAGGGGGGGUGACAUGAUAAAUGCACUUUUAUGUAAAAUUAGCACAAUUUUAAGUACAAAUCUGUCAAGUCAAUGAUAUGUUAUGUGAUACUAUGCACAUGCACAUAGGCCUACUAGUACUACAAAUUAAAGGAAUAAAUAUGGAGUGUAUAA